UUCACUUUGAAAAAGGAACCACGAAUUGGGUUCUCAAACCCCAAAAAGAAAAAACAUUGAAAUUGACAAAAACAUCAUACUUUUAAAUGUCUUCUGAGAAUAGGAUUUUAUUACCAAUUAAAAGGAACCCAAGAACCCAAAUAAAAACCUGUCCGAAGAUCAAGUAGUCAAAGAGUCGAUCGGUGUCGCAAAUAAAAUAUUCCGAAGCGUGCUGCGAUAGGUAUUUUUAGAAAUUACUUCAUGGCAUAUUGUGUUUACACAAACUAGAACCAGACUUUAUUACGUCGACUUGUGUCAGAAAACAUAAAGACCCAACCUAUGUAGGUUUAUUAACACCUAUGUGGCGUUUUUUUCUUUCGUUUGUGUUACGUUUAUAGAAUGACUUGUCUCAAAUAUUUUUGCCGGCCUACACGAACACAAGAUUUGCCAUCGAUUCCUUAUUGUGCGAGCCAUGUCAAAUCAUAUUUGAAAUUUGCCUGGAAAUUUCAGAUCUCCAAAUUUUUAUAGUGUAACACUACAUAUCAACAUAUACAGAGUGAAGUGAAGGCAGUACUCUACAGACUGGAGCAAAGGACCAUGAGCUGUAAAAUAGAUGCCCAAGAGGAUGGACAAACAAAUCUAAUCUAAUCAAGGUGUAACAAACUUCGAUUGCUUUUAAGAUUCAAAUAAAUGAAUUCUCAGCCUAACUAAUGGAUUUCCUUUUAUAUAACUAAACAAGUGUUAACCAAAUUUAAAGAAAACUUAUCGUUUUUGGUAGUUUAUGUCAGAUAUACCAACAAUAGGGGGUAUUGUUGUAGAUGUUAGGUAACUAAUCGAAAAUGUGUGUAUCCGCAGUAUGUGUCUGUGUAAUAACAUUGUUGCGAAAAAUAAGAUCUAUGAAUAAUCCUGUGAAGAUUCAAAAAAAAAAAUCUAGGUGAGAAAACCAACACG